CCACACCAACAAUUGACACCUCGCCUUCUCCACUUCUUCCAAGUCCACUUCCCCUUCUUCCUUUUUACAUCAAACCACCCUAAUACCCAAAGCACACACAAUGGCCGAGCAGCUGACCAAGGAGCAAAUCGCCGAGUUCAAGGAGGCCUUCUCCCUCUUCGACAAGGACGGCGAUGGAACCAUCACCACCAAGGAGCUCGGCACCGUCAUGCGCUCGCUUGGCCAGAACCCCACGCAGGCUGAGCUCGAGGACAUGAUCAACGAGGUCGACGCCGACGGCAACAACUCGAUCGACUUUGCCGAGUUCAUGACCCUCAUGGCUCGCAAGAUGCACGACACUGACUCGGAGGAGGAGAUCCGCGAGGCCUUCAAGGUCUUUGACAAGAACAACGACGGCCACAUCUCGGCUGCCGAGCUCAAGCACGUCAUGACCAACCUCGGCGAGAAGCUCACCGACGACGAGAUCACCCAGAUGAUCCGUGAGGCCGACAAGGACGGCGACGGCAUGAUCGACUACAACGAGUUUGUGACCAUGAUGAUGGCCAAGUAAACGUCACCCACCCCGUCUGGCCUAUCAAUAGCAACGACCGAUACCCAACCAUCACUCUUGUUUGGAAGCUCGUCGAUGGUGAUCUGACAAGAGGAGGGGGAUGUGGUAGUGGAGGCGGCAAUCAAUGUACAUCGACUUGUUUCCCGAACAGUAUGAUAGUGGUGCACAUGAAUGAAUCAUGACCCGAG